AUGAAAGGCACCAGUCCUGUACAAGUUCAGUCCAGUCCAGCUAGGCCAAAGCCUACAAGUCUGCAGCCACAUCUAAUCUAUUCUUGUACCAGGAGAUCAGAGGAGAAUCUUAUAUCUUCAGAUUAUAAAGCAGAUGAUGAUAUCACACAAGAUACAUAUGAAGAACAUUCCAUUAUCCCAGAUACACCCUCAGCCCUUCACAGCCAAGAUCUGUCAUCUCAUCCUUAUAUACAGGUCCUGUCUUCUCAUUCAUUGCUGGAUGUUAACGAAAAGAAAGGUCAGAGAAGGGGUGUUGGACAUCAAAAAGCUCAUUCAGGAAAUAAACCAUUUUCAUGUUCAGAAUGUGGGAAAUGUUUUACUUCUAAAUCAAGUCUUGUUAAACAUAAACAAACUCACACAGGGGAGAAACUAUAUUCAUGUUCAGAAUGUGGGAAAUGUUUUACUCGGAAAUCAACUUUUGUUAAUCAUCAAAGAACUCACACAGGGGAGAAGCCAUUUUCAUGUUCAGAAUGUGGGAAAUGUUUUACUGAGAAAUCAAGUCUUGUUAAGCAUAAAAGAACUCACACAGGAGAGAAGCCAUUUUCAUGUUCAAAAUGUGGGAAAUGUUUUACUGAGAAAUCAAGUCUUGUUAAACAUAAAAGAACUCACACAGGAGAGAAGCCAUUUUCAUGUUCAAAAUGUGGUAAAUGUUUUACUGAGAAAUCAAGUCUUGUUAAACAUAAAAGAACUCACACAGGGGAGAAGCCGUUUUCAUGUUCAGAAUGUGGGAAAGGGUGUGUUCAAAAAUCAGAUCUUGUUAAACAUCAAAGAACUCACACAGGAGAGAAGCCAUUUUCAUGUUCAAAAUGUGGGAAAUGUUUUACUCGGAAAUCAGGUCUUCUUCAGCAUAAAAGAACUCACAUAGGGGAGAAGCCAUUUUCAUGCUUAGAAUGUAGAAAAUGUUUUACUCAAAAAUCAGAUCUUGUUCAACAUGAAAGAACUCACACAGGAGAGAAGCCAAUUUUCAGCCAAUCCGGAGACACAGAAAGUAUAUACGCAUUCAUCUUCUUUAUCGUGACUCCAGAUGCUCCUUGGAUGUCGCACGCGUCUGACAUUGAGGAUUCUGCUUCGGUUUUGGAGAAUGCAGCCAGAGGUUCCGAUCAAGCUAGUGUCCCUUCCCUGAGAACAUGGACUAUUCCAAAAUUGACGGCUGAGCUAGUUAGAAGGGGCAUCCCCUUCCCGGCUUCUGCCCGUAAAGCGGAAUUAUAUAGGAUCCUCACUGCAGACUCCGCCGGACACAGCAGUGAAGAAGUUUCCAUGUCCACCAUUCAAACUUCUCUUACUCAGUUACACGCCGCUAUUAAUAAUCUAACCUCUGAUGUCAGUGACAUGCGAAGUAGGAUGAAUGCCAUGGAGUCCAGAAAUACUGCAGGCACUUCUACCCCGGUUCCACCUCCUACUGUGCCAUCUUCUCAUGCCAGUAUUUCAGGUACGCCAUCUGCUGUCCCCAACAUUUCGCCAGCCCAUUUUAUUCCUGCCCAUAUUAGGAAAGAGAUCUUGGAAGGCAAGGAUGUUAAUCUGGCAUCUUUGCUUAUAGCGACUCAUGAUCUAAACGAAAAUAAGACCAUAGCCUGCGGAGAUGUCUCCGUAGUUCUUAAAUCCAAAGAUGCCAGAUUAAAUAAGAAGCUCACUUUGUCCGAGUUCAUUAUGGCGUUCAGCAUUUUCCGGGACGUCAUAUGUUCGGCCAAACCAGACAGGAGGGAAGAAUUAGAUCAGUACCUCUACAAAAUCACUGAAUUAAGCCACAAAUUUGGUGGGUAUUCGUUCUACGAAUACCAUAAGUCUUUCUCGGCCAAAGCUGCUGCCGCCCUAAGCCAGUAUAACUUCAGCGUUAAUUGGGCUAUGGUAGACACUGAAUUAUACUGCAACCACUUCUCAGGGCUUAAACUCCCAGGGUGCGCCUUUUGCCAUUCUUCCUUUCACACCACAGACUGGUGUGCCUCAGUCACUUCACAAGCUCCUUCAGAAACACCCAGCACGUCUAGAUCUGCCCAACCUAGAGGUCCUAAGGCUGAACUAGAUAAGGGAUUUAUUAUUGGCCCUUUUGUUGAUUCACCCUUUGACAUAUAUAGAGUCAGCCCUAUAGGCUUAGCGACGGGCAAAUUCAAUAAUAAAAAGCGAUUAAUUUAUGAUUUGUCUGCCCCCUAUUCUUCUACAAUCCCGAGUCUUAAUGCACUUAUUCCCGCCGAAGAAUUUGCCCUUAAGUAUUCUUCUGUUGACGAGGCCAUAGCUAUCAUAUUGAGCCUGGGGCGGGGAGCUUGGUUAUCUAAGGCGGACAUAUCCGAUGCCUUCAAGCUCCUCCCUAUCAUGCCUCAACAAUGGCAAUGGCAUGGUCUUCGCUGGCAGAACCUGUACUAUUUCGCCACCAAGCUAACCUUUGGUGCACGCAGCAGUCCAUGGUUGUUUAACCGUUUUGCUUCAGCUCUCCACUGGAUACUGGAAAGUCGGUUUGAGUGUAAUCACGUCAUUCAUUAUCUCGACGAUUUUCUGUUAAUCGAGUCUCCCAAUGCCUCGCCAAGGGAUCUGCAGGUUCUCCGAGCAGUCUUUGACACUCUUGGGGUCCCAGUGUCUCCCGCUAAAACUGAAGGUCCCUCCAGGGUCAUUACAUUUCUAGGUAUUGAGCUCGAUUCUCAGAAAAUGGAAGCCAGACUUCCUGAAGCUAAACUCGUGAGGAUUAGAACCGCCAUACAUAGGCUUAGGGAACGCCCCUACAUUUCCAAGGUUGAGUUACAAUCCAUCCCGGGGAUGUUAAAUUUCGCUAUGCGUAUCAUCCCCCAGGGACGCACUUUCAUAUCUCGCCUCUUGGCCUUAUUACCGUUAGCCUCUGAGCAAAGUAGUCUAAUACAUCUAGAUUGCCAAGCUUUAGCAGAUCUAGCUAUGUGGGAGUCGUUUUUGCACAAUUGGAACGGCAUUUCAUUUUUUAUCCCUAGCAUUGGGAACGAAUCGCCCAUGGUUUUUUCCGACGCUGCCUCUUCAACGGGUUUCGCUGCUAUCUGGGGCAAUCAUUGGUUCGCCGGCCCUUGGCCUCCCGAGAUCACCCAGAUUGAUGGCUUCAUAAGGAGUUCGGCAGCCUUUGAACUGUACCCGAUAGUAGCCGCUGCUCAGUUGUGGGGUCCAGCUUGGAACAGGACCACUGUUCUUUUCGUGUCCGAUAAUGCCGCUACCGUAGAUAUUCUACUGAAGGGUAUCCAGAAUAUUGCUGCAGAUGCCUUAUCUAGGAACAACCUCUCACAUUUCUUUCAGGCCAAUAUUGUUCACAUUGAUAUCUUUAAUAAAGUCAUGAAAAGACUCAGAUGUUCCAGACCAAAUGAUCGCUAUAUCGUCAAUAUAGCGUGCCCAGAGUAUGAUGGAAUUAUGAGUAUUCACCUCAUCAUCCGAGAGCAAGAAGAUAAAUCAUGUGCAGGAAUAUCCCCUCAAAUGUCUCCAUAUAACAUCCUGGAAUUGUAUAGAAUUAAAUGUUUAUUCACAAUACAGGUUCCUAUAAGGUGUCAGGACGUGGCGGUCUAUUUCUCCAUGGAGGAGUGGGAGUAUGUAGAAGGACACAAGGAUCAGUACAAGGAUCAGGUCAUGAUGGAGGAUCAGCAGCCCCUCACAUCACCAGUCAGAUCCAGUAAGAGAACAGCACCAGAGAGGUGUCCCCGUCCUCUUGAUGAACAGAAUAUGGAGGAUAAUACUACAGGGAAAGAUCUGAUCUAUAUUAAUGCUACAGACAUAAAGGAAGAAGAAGAGACAGAUGUGAGCAGUGAUGAGCAGUAUAAGGAGGACAUUUCUACAGAGCAUGAUCUCAUCUAUAUUAAUGCUACAGACAUAAAGGAAGAAGAAGAGACAGAUGUGAGCGGUGAUGAGCAGCAUAAGGAGGAUAUUACUGCAGGGAAAUAUCUGAUCGAUAUUUAUACUACAGGCAUAAAGGAAGAACAAGAGACAGAUAUGAGCGGUGAUGAGCAGUAUAAGGAGGACAUUCCUACAGGGAAAGAUAUGAUCUAUAUUAAUGCUACAGACAUAAAGGAAGAAGAAGAGACUGAUGUGAGCGGUAAUGAGCAGUAUAAGGAGGACAUUCCUGCAGGGAAAGAUCUGAUCUAUAUUAAUGCUACAGACAUAAAGGAAGAAGAAAAACCAGAUGUGAGCGGUGAUGAGCAUUAUAAAGAGGACAUUCUGACAGGAAAAGAUCUGGAUAAUAUUAAUGCUACUGAUAUGAAGGAAGAAGAGACAGAUGUGAGCAGUGAUGAGCAGUAUAAGGAGGACAUUCCUACAAGUAACCACCCAGAUUCUUGUAGCAGGAGAUCAGAGGAGAAUCUUAUAUCUUCAGAUUAUAAAGCAGAUGAUGAUAUCACACAAGAUACAUAUGAAGAACAUUCCAUUAUCCCAGAUACACCCUCAGCCCUUCACAGCCAAGAUCUGUCAUCUCAUCCUUAUAUACAGGUCCUGUCUUCUCAGUCAUCACAGGAUGUUCAGCAAAAUAAAGGUCACAGAAGGGAUGUUGGACAUCAACGAGCUCAUACAGGAAAGAAAACAUAUUCAUGCUCAGAAUGUGGGAAAUGUUUUACUUUUAAAUCAAGUCUUGUUACACAUCAAAGAACUCACACAGGAGAGAAGCCAUUUUCAUGUUCAGAAUGUGGGAAAUGUUUUCCUGCGAAAACAAAUCUUGUUCAACAUCAAAGAACUCACACAGGGGAGAAGCUAUUUUCAUGUUCAGAAUGUGAGAAAUGUUUUACUAAUAAAUCAUAUCUUGUUGUACAUCAAAGAACUCACACAGGGGAGAAACCAUUUUCAUGCUCAGAAUGUGGAAAAUGUUUUACUCAGCAAUCGCAUCUUGCUGUACAUCAAAGAACUCACACAGGGGUGAAACCAUUUUCAUGUUCAGAAUGUAGAAAGUGUUUUACUGACAAAUCAAAUCUUGUUCAACAUCAAAAAACUCACACAGGGGAGAAGCUUUUUCCGUGUUCACAAAUUACUGAGAAAUCAAGUCUUGUUUAUCAUCAAAAAACUCACAUAGGAGAGAAGCUAUUUUCAUGUUCAGAAUGUGGAAAAUGUUUUACUGAGAAAUCAAGUCUUGUUACACAUGAAAGAACUCACACAGGAGAGAAGCCAUUUUCAUGUUCAGAAUGUGGAAAAUGUUUUACUAAAAAAUCAUAUCGUGUUGAACAUCAGAGAACUCACACAGGGGAGAAGCCAUUUUCAUGUUCAGAAUGUGGAAAAUGCUUUACUUGUAAAUCAAAUCUUGUUAGACAUCAGAUAACUCACACUGGAGAGAGGUCAUUUCCAUGUUCAGAAUGUGGAAAAUGUUAUUCUAUGAAAUCAAGUCUUGUUAAUCAUCAAAGAACUCACACAGGUGAGAAGCCAUUUUUAUGUUCAGCAUGUGGAAAAUGUUUCACUGGGAGAUCAAGUCUUGUUUAUCAUCAAAAAACUCACACAGGAGAGAAGCCAUUUUUAUGUACAGAAUGUGGAAAAUGUUUUACUGACAAAUCAGGUCUUGUUCAUCAUCAAAAAACUCACACAGGGGUGAAGCCAUUUCUGUGUUUAGAAUGUGGAAAAUAUUUUAUUCAGAAAUCAGAUCUUGUUAAACAUGAAAGAACUCACACAGGGGAGAAGCCAAUUCCGAGCAAUAAUUGAUGCAGAUAUCACAUCUAUAUAUUCACCAUGUACAUAGGAUAUCUGACAUUUAUAUGUAUCAUAUACUGCAGGGGUCUCAAACUGGCGGCCCUCCAGAUGUUGCAAAACUUCAACUCCCAGCAUGCCUGUGAGGGGAGUCAGCUUGUUAUACAUUUUUAUAUAACCUUUUAUAAUAAUCCUUUAUAUGAUUAUACGCCAUUUUGUAUAUCAUCAGCCAUGUUGUCUAUAGUCCACCAUCUUGUCUAUGUUCCUUCAUUAUGAACUGAGUGUGAACUUUACCAGAAUUAUAACCAGGAAACUUGUAAACAAGAACCACAACUGCUGAGCGUACAGAAAACUCCAAGGCUUUGGAUAGGGGAUAAGAUGUGUAAUCCCCGGAGGACCCCUUUAAAUAAUACAAUACACUAAUUCAUACUAUAGAAGAAAGGAUGUCCAGCGCAGAUUCUUGCAGAACGGAGCUUUUAUUUGCAGACUUUCACCUCGGUGCACAGACAAUGUAGACACACAUGACGGGUUUCUGUCCUACAUCUGGACCUUAGUCAUACAAGUUAUAUAAUUACCUGUCAGCCAUUUAUAGAGGACGUGAGACAUCAGCUCCUCCUUAAUGGGGCGCUUCUUAGAUGUCCCAUCUUCUCCAUCCCCCAUCAUACAGGUGGAUCGUACCACCUCUACAUGACCAGGGGUGAUAUCUGACUAUAGGAACAUAUUCAAUGUAUCUAUCACAACCACAUAUAAUGUGAAAUAUAAAGAACAUAUCCAAUCACCUAUAUAGAAAAUACGUAUCAUAAAUACACAGUAUAUAAAACCAAUGGCUGUCAUUGUGGGAAUAGGCCGGGCAUUAUAUAAAGAACUUUUUCUGUAAUAUGGAAAUAUAUAUAAAAAUGAUUGUAGCAUCACAGAAUAAAGAUAUGGUGUGAGAGCAUGAUGGGAGGAAGUGAGAGCUAGCUCCUCCUCCUGAUCCUGA